GGCAACCCUAUUGGAUAUUAUUAUUUUUCUGAUCAGAAUAAACAAGACUGCAGAUUUAAUUGACUUUUAUCUUCUCGUUACUGAUAAAAUAUCCUGGAAAAUGUCGUAUAUAUAUCUGUUGCCGGUCGCAGUUUUUUUACUGUUUCAUAUUACAUUUCUAGGAACUUAUAUCGCUGCUGUUCUUCAGGGUCACGUAGUGCCCACAGUGCCAUAUAUCAGUGAUGAUGCCACAUAUUCCCCAGAAAGUUGCGUAUUUGGGCAGCUGAUAAAUUUUGGCAGCAUCCUAUUGGGCAUCACAAUUUAUAUACGAUACCGACAAAUUCAGCAACUAUACAGUCAUCAUCCCGAUUUGGGCUCUUUACUACUGCAUUACAAUAAGAUUGCAUUUUGGUUUGGAUUAGCUUCUUGUUUGGGCAUAAGCAUUGUUGGAAACUUUCAGGAAACUAAUGUACGCAUCGUACACUUUACCGGUGCAUUUUGUUGCUUUGGCUGUGGCACGGUAUUCUUUUGGUUGCAGGCAUUAAUUACCUACAUGGUUUAUCCGAUUGCAAGUACGAAAUUAUACGCUCACAUUCGUUUGGGAAUGUCCAUUUGCUGCACUGUUCUAUUCAUAUUGAUCGCCGUUACUGGGGUUAUGUCACAUAUUCUUUUCAAAGGCGAAAAUCCUAGGCAAUGGUAUCCUUCGGAUGGUGGCUGGUAUUUCCACGUAAUAAGCUCAAUAUCGGAGUGGAUUAUGGCUACUAUCUUCUGUUUCUAUAUUUUGACCUUUACGGAGGAGUUUCGCGAUGUUAGACUUGAUCAUCCGGAAUUGACGUUGAUCUCAUAUUCAAUAACUUUGUAAAAAUUCCAAAUGAAUUUAUUUAUAUCAUUGAAUUUUCCUGUUUUCCCAAAACAAACAACGACGAAUAUAUAGUAUGUAUAUUAUAAGUACUAAAACUCAAAAAUAGUAUGUGCUAUGUAUUUCCAAAGAUAUAUAAAGGUGCUGUGAUAAAUUAUGUUUUCUUGGAUUAUAAUAUUAUCCAGCAAAUAUGACCUUAUUUUAAUGAUAAAAUAUAACUAAUUUGAUUCAAUUCUGGUAUAUUGAAGUUCGAUACCAAUAAUGGUAAAAGAAAAAGCUAUCAAUUUUAAUGGCCAUCAUGAGUAUAAGGAUUUAAUAAUCAUUUUUGUAGUAAAUUUUUUGGGAUUGAUUAGUCAAAAUAGUUCCUUUUUUCGUUUCCGACGGUAUGUCCGGUAUUUUGUAAUUAAAAACUAUAAAGUAAUGAAAUGCACUUAUAGUUUUUGUAUUGAAUUAUUCUUAUAUGCGAGUUUAUUUUUCUUUUAAGUAAUUUUUGUUCACUAAUCAUGUGUAUGUACUUAGUAUAAUACCUACUUAUAUGAUAUACGUACAAGCAAUAAAUUUGUUUUAUCCCAUGAAUUCAC